GACAAGUCAUGAAACGUUUAGACGUGAUCGUAGGACUGUUACUGUUAUUUGUCACGGUUACCUUGGGUGCUCUGUCGGAUUCGCGAUGUCCCGUGAUUAACUUCAUCCGUCAACCGGACUGUUCCCGUGUCACUGUCAUCAAUGAGUGUUCCAGGAGAGAACCGUGUCCCCCGGGUAAAAUUUGCUGCCCAGGAAUAUGUGGCGCGAGAUCCUGUGUUAGGGUAAAACCUGUCGCUUGUCCCCUGCUUGCGUGCCCUCCUCCGCCACCGGAUAUUUGUCCCAAUGGGUAUGACCUGGAUGCACGUGGCUGCCAGACGUGCACGUGCAAACGCAGUCCACCGCGGCAGUGUCCCCCUGUCCCCCUCUACCAGCCCAGUGAGUGCGCUGCGGUACUUGUCCUGAACGAAUGUUCCGUCCAGAGACAGAACUGUCCCCCUGGGAAGAUGUGCUGUCCUGGCUAUUGUGGUGCAUCAACGUGCAUUAGUAAAAAACCUGUCGCUUGCCCCCUGCUUUCUUGCCCUCCUCCGCCACCGGACAUUUGUCCCAAUGGGUAUGACCUGGAUGCACGUGGCUGCCAGACGUGCACGUGCAAACGCAGUCCACCCCCGCAGUGUCCUCCGAUUCCUGCUUUUGAACCCAUUGAAUGCGCCGCUGUACUCGUUAUGAACGAAUGCUCCGUCCAGAGACAGGACUGUCCACCUGGCAAGAUAUGCUGUCCUGGGUAUUGUGGCGCAACGACAUGUAUCAAGAAAAAACCUAUAUGUAUGCCUCUUCAGUGCGCCCGUCCUCGUCCAGGCACUUGUCAGUUUGGGUUUACCACGGACAGCCAGGGAUGCCCAACAUGCACGUGUAGAAAAUGCCCACUUAUAAAAUGCUCACGAAGAUGUCCUCAGGGUUACGUCAAGGAUCGGUACGGUUGUAACACAUGCAGAUGUAAACGCAUCUGCCCUGUUCUUCGAUGCCCAGCGCCCCCUGGUGGCUUCUGUCCAUUUGGUUAUUUACAAGACGCCAACGGAUGUCAGACGUGUACAUGCAAAGGUGGGUCAAAUGGACAGUGUCCCCUAGUUCCGCUCUUCCCGCCGCCUCGCUGUGGAUCUGUGCCGUUUUUCAACGAAUGUUCAGUCACAGCAAGAGAUUGUCCACCGGGUAAAAUCUGCUGCAAAGGCGUUUGUGGGGGAACGGAAUGCAUAAGAAUUAAACAUGUAUGUCUGAAGCGUCCAUGCCCUCGUACCUGUCCAAUGGGAUUUAAAAAAGACAAGUAUGGAUGUCCUACGUGCGAAUGUAACACUAUAUGUCUGCCGCGUCCAUGCCCUCGGCCUUGCCCCGGGGGAGUUAAAAAAGACAAGUAUGGAUGUCCUACAUGUGAAUGUAUCAAUGUAUGUCUGAAGCGUCCUUGCCCUCGUACCUGUCCAAUGGGAUUCAAAAAAGACAAGUAUGGAUGCCCUACCUGCGAAUGUAACAAUCUAUGUCCGAGGAUUUGGUGUCCUCGUAAAUGCCCCAUGGGAUACAAGAAAAACAAGUAUGGCUGCCCCACGUGCCAAUGCAAAACUUGUCCGUGCGGACCAAAGUGUUGCAGAUUAUACUGUCCUUGGGGAUACGCCACAGACGCCUUCGGAUGCGAACUUUGUAAAUGCAAAUGUCCACCUAUUAAGUGCUCCAGGCGGUGUCCAAAUGGUUAUAUUAUAGACAAAGACGGCUGCAAUACCUGCAGGUGUAAAGCGCCGAUCUGCCCAGUACCGUUAUGUAGAAACAGAUGUCGAUUCGGCUACAAAUUAACGAGAUACGGUUGUCAGACAUGCCGGUGCAGAGUUAGUCGUCCUGUGCGUCUUGAAUAUCCGGUUCCUUCUAGGUACGACGACAACUACUGGAGCAAGUUAUCAAGAACCAAACUAGUACUUGAGACCGUCAUUAUCUGCUCGAGGGCUGAAAUGGGAAACAUGUUCCACGCUUUUGUCUUGUUGUUGGUAGUCCUCUCUGUCUGUGUGCAAACACAAGGCAUGUCGUCCAUGCUCCGUCCGUCCAGACAGCCCGUCCCGCGGUGUGUUAAGAAGUGUACGAACGUCUGUCAGCUGGGGUACAAACAAGACUACAAGGGCUGUCCCACAUGCGCCUGCAAAAAAGAGGUGUGUAAACAGACGAUCUGCUCGAAGGCUUGUUCCCAGGGUUACAUAAAGGAUGACAAUGGAUGUGAAACGUGUGUCUGCAAAAAGACGGAGAAAUACCCAUGUCGCACUGUUUUGUGUUUGAAGUAUUGCCCCAAUGGCUAUUCAAGAGACGCGAAUAACUGUCAGAUAUGCAAGUGCAAAUUACCACGAUGUCCAAAGACUGCCUGCAAAGUUCACUGUCCAAAAGGCUACGUGAGGGACGAAAAUGGCUGUCAGAUUUGCAAGUGCAAACAACCAAAAUGCAGUCGGAAAGUUUGUCGCAAAUCAUGUCCUAAUGGGUACAAGAGGGAUGAUGACGGGUGUGAAACGUGCGGCUGCAAGUACGUAAAGAAACGUUGUGCAGUUAUUGUUUGUCGAAAGAACUGUCCCGGUGGAUAUCAGCUAGAUGCUAAUGGAUGCUAUGCCUGUGCUUGCAACGCAGCCGCCUGUAGUCCCGUUGUCUGUCGCUACCGCUGUAUGUCCGGGCACGUGAACAAUUCCAAAGGUUGUCCUACUUGCAUGUGUGUUCAACCGAGAACGUGUCCUAUUCGGUACUGCCCUCGCGUGCACUGUAAGGACGGACGGGAGACUGACAAGUGGGGGUGCCAGACCUGUAGAUGCAGGAAGUCUCUCAGGGUUUCCUUUUACCCUAGAAGACAUAGCAUGCUUCUGAGACACGCUUUCCUCCUUGGAUCCGACGACCUCUUGGACGCUCUAACUGACGGAACGCCAUUCGACUGAUCCUGAAGAUGUUACCUAAAUAGCAAACGAAUCUCCAGAUAGAAGGGGAAAAGGAUGUAUAUAUAUUUUUUUAUGGAGAAGCAUUUCGGAGCAUCAUUGGAAAUAGACUGCUGUCUAAUUGAACCCUAUCUUACCUACCUAUCACUGUGACGUUAGUAUGUCGUCAGUAGAUCUGACAAAAGCCGAUGUUAUAUCAUGUUAAUGCAGAUCAUAUGUAAUAAUUUUUUCAAAUGUAAUAAUACGAAAUAUUUUUCUGUCCCGGGUAGGGUCACUGGCAAUACAAAAACGGGACCCGGCACAGACAUGCUCGAAACUCUAGUGGUGUAUGAGCAUGUUAAAAAUAUUGGACAUGAACUUAGAUCACGGCAUAGCUCGAGUUUUCUCUAUCGGUAAACUGUUGGGUUUUUUUUUUUAAAUGUAAUAAUACGGCUAGAAUGCACUCUAGAUAACAUAUUGACAAUUUGUGACUAUAAAACGGUCUGCAAAUACUAUGUCUAAAAUGUAUCUAUGUUCUUAAAUCUGACGCACGGGAUCUUUUCGUUAUCACUUGCGGGUUUACUCAUAACAUUAAAACUCACAUACUAGCGACUAACACAAACGUCAUAGGAAGAAAGCCGAAACCACUAUCCAGAACCUAUCGACUUUGUGUUUUGGUUGCGGUUAUCGGGUUUCUUCUUGCGGAGACUGUACUAGUCAGAAAGAUACACGUUUAAUAUUACGAGUGAACUCCUGAGUAAUCAAACUAAAGAUCUAUGGAUAUUUUAGACACAGUGCUUGGCGAUCCGUUGGUCGUCGGAAACUUCUAAAUUGUCACUUGUUAACACUAAGCCCACUAUGUCCAGUUUAUCAUAUAUUUCUUGGACGUUAAAUGAGCUUCCAUUUCGUAUCAUGUUUGUGCCCCGAGUGAGCUUUAGCGAGUGAAAAUGAAAAUUAUUUCACGAAGGACAUAACUAUGAUAUGCAAUGGUAUCGAGCCAUAAUCGAUUUUAAUUUAUAUCACUGAUCUGGUUUGGAUGACGUUCUGGUAAGGUUGCAGUGCAGAAAUCGAUGACGUCAUUGUAUGACGUCGAAGUGAGUCAUAACACUUUGAUAUGAACUGAUAUAAUAUGUUAUUCAUUUGGGUAAUAAGAACAGAAUACGGUUAGAGGAUAGUCGAGCUUUUCUUUCUUUUAAAUUAGCUUCGUGCUUAUAUCCAAUUAAGGUUCAAGCACGCUAUCCUGGACACACACUUCAGCUAUCUGGGCUGUCUGUCCAGGACAGUAGGUUAGUUGUUAGUGGUUAG